CCAACGCAAGGAAAAAAUAUAAACACGGGGUACACUGUUAAUCGUGUUUGGGAAGGAGAGCAACAAACAAGGAACUGACAUGAUGUUUCCACAAUCAAGACACUCAGCUUCAUCGCAGCAGCUGAAAUUCACAACCUCUGACUCCUGUGACAGGAUCAAGGAUGAGUUCCAGUUCCUCCAAGCACAAUACCACAGUUUGAAGCUUGAGUGUGACAAGUUGGCCAGUGAGAAGUCAGAGAUGCAGCGCCAUUAUAUCAUGUACUAUGAGAUGUCCUACGGACUCAAUAUUGAGAUGCACAAACAGGCUGAGAUAGUGAAGAGAUUGAACGGGAUCUGCGCACAAGUCCUCCCCUACCUGUCUCAGGAGCACCAGCAGCAGGUCCUGGCGGCCAUAGAGAGGGCCAAGCAGGUCACCCCCCCAGAGAUGAACUCCAUCAUAAGGCAGCAGCUCCAGGCUCACCAGCUGUCUCAGCUCCAGGGCCUGGCCUUGCCUAUGACCCCCCUGCCUCUGGGCCUGAGCCAACCGACCCUCCCCGCUGUCACCACCUCCUCCAGUCUCUUCUCCCUCUCCUCCCUGCUGGCCUCCCAAGCCCAGCUGGCCAAGGAGGAGAAGGCGUCACGUGAUGGAGUUGACAGCCACCGUGAGGAGGACGGAGACAAGUCUGAUUAGAUGAUGUUCCCAUUCAGCUCUGUUUUUAUCCAGAGACCUGAAUCCCCAGAUCCAAGCCCCCUUGGCCUACAGCCUCUCCCCUGGUCUCCCUCUAUCCGACCUUAGCUAACAUGGGCUUUAAUCCCAUCACCACCAUCACCACAGCUCCAGCUACAGAUUCCUAACCAACUUCCAUAAUUGGGGGAGAUAUGGCACCUGCCCCUCAUGUCAGACCAGUCCUGAUUCCUUCAUAUUUACCAUACCUGGAUUGUUUCUUUAUCCCCCCUUCUCUCCUCUCACCAUCACAGUGUCUCCCUCAUGUAUCCUGUGUAAUUUCUUCAAACACACUAUUUUUUUGUAUACGAUUAAGCUUUGUUUUUCUGUUUAUUUUUUUAAAAUCAGGACUACUUUCUAUUUCUGUUGCUUCCUGCCAUCCUGUAGCUCUG